AUGGACAGAUUCUGGAUGACUGCUGGCCCACUCUCCCUUCUGGCAUCUCUGGUCCCGCGGCCGGUUCAGGCCCAACCCUUGGCCCAGAGGAAGCCGUGGCUGGUGGGGCUUGGGGCCGUGCUGGCCGCCCUCUUCCUCAUCUUCGUCCUCAUCAUGGUCUACGCCAUCUGGUGCAGCCAGUCCCGCGACAGCAAGAAAGAGAAGGAAGAGGUGACCAUGAGAGAGGAGGAGAAAGGAACAGAGGGCAAUGGGGGGCUGGAGCUGGAUGAGAAAGAGGGGCCUCCAGACCACGAAAGAGUGGCGAGCUCCUCUGAAUGA